AUGCCCCCGUCUAUGUACACGAAGGACGAGAAAGUCCUGUGUUUCCACCAUGACAUCCUCUACGAUGCCAAAAUCCUCGACGUGAGGCACAGAGACGGCGACAAGAAGAAUCCCCUUGAAUUCCUUGUUCACUACAAGGGCUGGAAGAAUACCUGGGAUGACUGGGUUCUUGAGGAUCGGCUGAGAAAAGCUACUGAAGAGAAUCGUGAGCUUGCAGCUAAUCUUCGUCGUGAGGUCGAAGCAUCUGCUCGUCAAAAAACUGCUAAACCUAACAAAAACAAGCGUCCCCUGUCUGAUCGGGGUUCGGUCCGUGAUAGUGAAGAACGUGGCAGUUCAGUGCCCGGCCGCGGCAACAAGCGAUCCAAGGGCGAAAAUGAUAUUGAAAAGCCUACACCCCUCCUUUUCACCUCCCAAUUCCUGAUCCCCCGUUUCCGUCGCAUCUCCUACCUCACCCCCACCAUGGCGCGUAUCAAGCAUACACCACGCGCACCUGAUCCCCUACCUACACCUUUGAAUCCCACCCCUAGCGAAAUCAUUCUCCGCUGGAUCCAUGACUGUGAUUCGCAAAGCUCUGACCCUCCUCGCGAACAGGAGGAAGCAUUCCAUAUCCGCCCUUCUAUUCGCAUCGUGAUGCCGGAUAACCUGAAAGCCCUCAUCGUCGACGACUGGGAGCGUGUUACAAAGAACAACUCCGUCGUGAAACUUCCCGCCGAGAAGACCAUCCGCCAGAUCUUCAAAGACUGGCGCGACGAAGAGGAGCCCAAGCGCAAGGGCAACCGUAUCGACAUGGAUGUCCUCGAUGAAGUCGUCGCCGGAAUAAUGGAGUAUUUUGAAAAGAUGCUCGAUAAAAUCCUCCUCUAUCGCUAUGAACGACCUCAAUAUCGCAUGCUCCGCAAGAAGACCCAGCACGAGUCUGGCCCCGGAAAUGGCCCUAUCGAUGUCUACGGUGCCGAACACCUGAUUCGUCUGUUCAGCCUUCUCCCUGAACUCCUCGCCCAAACCAAUAUGGACCUCCAGUCCACCCAGCGCCUGCGUGAAGAACUCUCGAAAUUCUCUCUGUGGCUGAGCAAGAACUCUGAAAAGUAUUUCCGCACGGAGUACGUCCCUGUCGAAGAAACCUACGAGAAAUCGCCCAAGGCCGCGAAAUCAUCGCGUUAA